GACUGUAGGGGGAGUGAUUCACCAACACCGGCUGGAAGAUAGGGAAAGGGGGUGGCGUUGUCACAGCCCUCGCUGCGUAACCGGUGAUUUUUAUAGACUUUGCAUUAAUUUAUAUUCUUAUAUAAUUGUCGCGUUAGUUUCUGUGGUGAAGAUGGCACUGCCAGACAACAAGAAAUUCUUUGAGAAUCUUUCGGGCGGUGGGAAAGCCAUCGCUGUGCUCACGAGUGGCGGGGAUGCUCAAGGUAUGAAUGCAGCUGUGAGGGCUGUUGUUCGCAUGGGAAUCUAUGUUGGAGCAAAAGUCUAUUUCAUCCAUGAGGGCUAUCAGGGUAUGGUGGAUGGUGGAGAGAACAUUAAAGAGGCCUCGUGGGAGAGUGUCUCUAGUAUGCUUCAAGUGGGUGGCACAGUCAUUGGCAGUGCCCGCUGCAAAGAGUUCCGGGCACGGGAUGGGCGCCUGAAGGCAGCUCACAACCUGGUCCAGCAUGGCAUCACCAACCUGUGUGUGAUUGGAGGAGAUGGCAGCCUGACCGGGGCCAACCUCUUCAGAGAGGAGUGGAGUGGGCUGCUGGCAGAGCUGGUGGAACAAGGUCUGAUCGAUGAAGAAGCAGCCCAAAGGUACUCUGCCCUGCACAUCGUGGGGAUGGUGGGCUCCAUUGACAAUGACUUCUGUGGAACUGACAUGACAAUCGGAACUGACUCCGCCCUCCACCGAAUCAUUGAAGUUGUAGACGCAAUCAUGACUACUGCUCAGAGCCACCAGAGGACCUUCGUGCUUGAGGUCAUGGGUAGACAUUGUGGCUACCUGGCUCUGGUGAGUGCCCUUGCCUGUGGAGCAGACUGGGUGCUGAUUCCUGAGAUGCCUCCAGAGGACGGCUGGGAGGACAAGAUGUGUCAGAAGCUCUCCGCGACACGGUCCAGAGGAUCCAGGUUGAACAUUAUUAUAGUGGCAGAGGGAGCCCUGGACAGACAUGGAAAGCCUAUAACCUCUAGCAUUGUCAAGGAUCUGGUUGUUCGUUGCCUGGGCUUUGACACACGUGUGACCAUCUUGGGUCACGUCCAGCGGGGUGGCACACCAUCAGCCUUUGACCGGAUCCUGGCCAGUCGUAUGGGAGUAGAGGCCGUCAUGGCAUUACUGGAGACCACGGCAAACACGCCGGCCUAUGUGGUGUCUCUGUGUGGGAACCAGUCUGUGCGCCUGCCUCUCAUGGAGUGUGUGCAGAUGACUCAGGAGGUGCAGAAGGCUAUGGAUGAAAAGAGAUUUGAAGAGGCCGUCAAACUGCGUGGCAGGAGUUUUGAGAACAACCUGAAGACGUACAAACUGCUGGCUCAUCGUAAACCAGAAUCGGAUCUUCCCGUUAGCAACUUCAAUGUGGCAGUGUUGAACGUGGGCGCCCCAGCAGCGGGCAUGAACGCAGCUGUGCGCUCAGCAGUCAGGGUGGGCAUAUCCGAGGGACACAAGAUGUUUGCCGUCAACGAUGGUUUUGAAGGCUUCUACAAGGGACAGAUCAGAGAGAUCAAGUGGGCUGAUGUUGGUGGCUGGACGGGCCAGGGAGGCUCUCUGUUAGGAACAAAGAGAACACUUCCUGCUAAACACGUAGAGAAAAUUGCAGAACAGAUGCGGAUCCACAACAUCAAUGCAUUGCUUGUCAUUGGUGGAUUUGAGGCCUACCUGGGACUGUUGGAAUUGUUAGCGGCCCGUGGGAUAUAUGACGAGUUCUGUGUGCCCAUGGUCAUGGUGCCCGCCACAGUCUCCAACAAUGUGCCGGGCUCAGAGUUCAGCAUUGGCGCAGAUACUGCACUGAAUGCCAUCACUGACACAUGUGACCGCAUCAAGCAGUCAGCCAGUGGUACCAAGCGCCGCGUCUUCAUCAUUGAGACGAUGGGUGGUUACUGUGGUUACCUGGCCAGUGUGGGGGGACUGGCAGCGGGUGCUGAUGCUGCCUACAUCUACGAGGAGCCUUUUGACAUUCGAGACCUACAGGCAAAUGUAGAGCACUUGACUGACAAAAUGAAGACCGGCAUUCAGAGAGGACUGGUGCUGAGGAAUGAAAAUUCUAAUGACAACUACACCACCGACUUCAUCUACCAGCUCUACUCCGAGGAAGGGAAGGGAGUGUUUGACUGUAGGAAGAAUGUCCUUGGCCACAUGCAACAGGGAGGUGCACCAUCUCCAUUCGACCGCAACUUUGGGACCAAGAUAGCUGCCAAGGCCAUGCAGUGGAUCACCAAGAAGCUGACGGAGACCUACAGGCAAGAUGAAGGGAGAGUGUUUGCCAACACAGAGGACUCUUGCUGUCUGCUGGGCAUGCGCAGACGUGCGCUGGUCUUCCAGCCCGUGGUGCAGCUGAAGGACGAGACAGACUUCGUUCACAGGAUCCCUAAAGAGCAGUGGUGGCUGAAGCUGCGGCCCCUCAUGAAGAUCCUGGCCAAGUACAAGACCACCUUCGACGUGUCGGACUCUGGCCAGCUGGAGCAUGUGGUGCGCAUCAGGCCCAAAGAUCUGGAUGCCUCCACCGUCUGAGCCCCCUCCCACUGCACGGGGUGAAAGGUCACCGGUCAGAAGGGCAGAUGAAGGAGGGAGACGUCUGUGCUGAUAGGCAGAUGACGUGUUUGAUUACUGUAUUGUAACCCAACAAUUGUCAUUUCGUCGCGUUGUAAAAUGUCAUCCCCUCUUUUUUUUUUUUUUUUCUUAUCGUUGAAGUUUAUCGUAGCCAAAUGCCAAUGGCCAGUCCAGUUUAGGUGAGUCGAGUGUAACUCCUUACGCUUUUUGUCUGUUCUCACACCCUGCUGCCAUGGAGAUGACACAUUAUGUACAUGUCAAAUCCAUAAACUGCACUUUCUCCUAAGAGGAUAGAUGAAGUUAGUUCCACCUGUCCGGGAAUGAAGUUCACCAUAUUUAACUGUUCCUGUGGGAUUGAUCCCAUGCUCUCCCGUAUACAAGUACUGUUCGAUGUGUGAAAGUGUUUCAUCAUCUAAAGAAAAGAAUACCAUAAAUGUCGUUUGUUUGCUCAAAUAAUAAAAUCAUGUACACAUGACUGCA